CCGAGAGCGUGCGGCAGGAGGCACGGCUCUUCGCCCUGCUGCGCCACCCCAACAUCAUCGCCCUGCGCGCCGUGUGCCUCAGCCCCCCGCACCUCUGCCUGGUCAUGGAGUACGCCCGCGGCGGCCCCCUCAGCCGCGCGCUGGCCGGGCGCCGCGUGCCCCCCCACGUCCUGGUGGACUGGGCCGUGCAGGUGGCGCGCGGCAUGAACUACCUGCACGACGAGGCCGUGGUGCCCAUCAUCCACCGCGACCUCAAGUCCAUCAACGUGCUGAUCCUGGAGCAGCUGUCGGACGAGGCGCUGGAGCGCUGCACGCUCAAGAUCACCGACUUCGGGCUGGCGCGCGAGUGGCACCAGACGACCAAGAUGAGCGCGGCCGGCACCUACGCCUGGAUGGCGCCCGAGGUCAUCCGCCUCUCGCUCUUCUCCAAGAGCAGCGACGUCUGGAGGUGCCUGGGGGCGCUGCUCCCCCCCCCGGCAUGGCGCCGGCCCCUGGAGGCGGCGGAGAGGCCGCGCACGCUGGAGUUCGCGCCCCGGCCUCGUCCCUCGCCCGCCCGGCCCCGCCUCGACCCCUGGAAGCUUGUCUCCGGCCAGAGCCGCGGCCCCGAGCCCCCGGGCGGCUCCGGCACCCGCCCGAGCCUGCUGGACAUGGACGCGGAGGGGCAAACCCGGGACAGCACCGUGCCGCUUUGCUGCAGCCUGGAAGCCGACGCGUCCCGGUAG